CCACCCAUUCUUCCCCUAUCCCUUCCUCUCUCUCUCUCUCUCUCUCUACAAUUUCCCAUUUUCUCUCUCUAACCCACUCUCCAGAAAUCAUCAAUCAGUUAAUCACAAAAAAUAAUGGCCGGAAGUGGAGUCGUCACCGUGUACGGCAACGGCGCAAUCACCGAGACCACGAAGCAAUCCCCCUUCUCCGUCAAGGUCGGCCUGGCCCAGAUGCUCCGCGGCGGCGUAAUCAUGGACGUCGUCAACGCCGAGCAGGCCCGAAUCGCCGAGGAGGCCGGCGCGUGCGCCGUCAUGGCCCUGGAGCGCGUCCCGGCCGACAUCCGCGCGCAGGGCGGCGUGGCCCGCAUGUCCGACCCGCAGCUCAUCAAGGAAAUCAAGCAGGCGGUGACCAUACCCGUGAUGGCGAAGGCCCGAAUCGGGCACUUCGUGGAGGCCCAAAUCCUGGAGGCCAUCGGAAUCGACUACGUCGACGAGUCGGAGGUGCUGACACUCGCCGACGACGAGAACCACAUCAACAAGCACAACUUCCGCAUCCCCUUCGUCUGCGGCUGCCGCAACCUCGGGGAGGCGCUCCGCCGCAUCCGGGAGGGCGCCGCCAUGAUCCGGACCAAGGGGGAGGCCGGCACCGGGAACAUCAUCGAGGCGGUGCGCCACGUCAGGUCGGUGAUGGGUGACAUCCGGGUUCUCCGGAACAUGGACGACGACGAGGUGUUCACCUUCGCGAAGAAGAUCCAGGCGCCCUACGAUCUGGUGAUGCAGACGAAGCAGCUGGGGAGGCUCCCGGUGGUCCACUUCGCCGCCGGAGGGGUGGCGACGCCGGCCGACGCGGCGCUGAUGAUGCAGCUGGGCUGCGACGGCGUGUUCGUCGGGUCGGGUGUUUUCAAGAGCGGCGACCCGGCCCGACGGGCCCGGGCCAUAGUCCAGGCUGUGACCCACUACAGUGACCCGCAGGUGCUGGUUGACGUGAGCUGCGGCCUCGGGGAAGCCAUGGUUGGAAUCAAUCUCAACGAUGCAAAGGUGGAGAGGUAUGCGAAUAGGUCAGAGUGAAAAGCUGGAAAAAAGGAAAAAAAAUGAAAACGGGUCGGGUCGGGUAUUUGGAUCCGUUUAGGUUAUAUUUCGGGUUUGGGUUUUGGGUUGAUAAUUGUGUUGUUUGUUUCUUUUUAAUUUUUAUUAUAAAUUGGGGUCAUAAUUUUAUUUUUAGAUACAUAUUUCAUCAAUCCCUAUGUUGAACUUGAAAUCAAUCAAUCUUAUUUACUUGAAAAUGACUUUUCCUUAUUUUUGCAUUGGAAUUUUGAAUCUCUCUCA